UUUAUGAUCGAAUAAUAGAAAACUAAUCAAUACUGAAGACUUCUGUUUAUCCAAGAUGGCGGGGAUAAGAUGGCAUCGUUUCGUUUGUUUACUUUGGUUAGCUCUUCUGUUUGAUAGAUCAUAUCAACAGUGUGUUGGUCCAGAAGGGCCACCAGGUCCUCCUGGCUCCGAGGGCAACCAGGGAUCAGGGACAAACGAUAAUUGGUAUGAUGUAAUGGGAUCUACUAGAAACUGGAGACAGUGUACAUUCAAUUGGGCAGAUGGUCGGGACAGUGGUACCGUCUACACGUGUUCAUUUACAAAGCAAUCUUCAACGUCAUCCUUGUAUGCGGCUUUCAGUGGUACAACACGACUUUAUGGUUGCCAUGGUUGCUGUUGUCGAUGGUACUUGACGUUCAAUGGCGCUGAAUGUAAUUCACCCCAAGUCAUUGACGGAACCGUCUAUAUGGCACAUUACAGUGGUGCCGAUCUUCACCGACAUCGUACAAUAGCAGGAAUAUGUACGAACAUCGCAGCCGGUAGCGUAACGGUUGCCCUGGUGGUGGGAGCAUGCAGUGGAUAUGGGUACCACGACUGUUACACUGGUUGGAAUGCAAUAUCAAGGAUCAUCAUAGAAGAAUUACCUGCCUCUCCUUACAGUUAAACAGAUAGUGAUUAUAAAUUAUACUCUGACAUGUCAAUACUUUAUCUUUUUUAAACAAAACAUCUAUCGGGUCGAGAACACGCAAUUUUUUUUUCUGCGAUGUGAAUUUGGAUAGGAAUGACGUCUUAUGGCUUUGUUACGAGUCAAUGUGACUCUUUUUCGUUUAACUUUGCCUUAUCAUUUAGUCGACUCCAAGUUUAUUCAAAACACUUUUAGGAAUGAAAUAUACACGGGAUUGAUUUGAUU